UCUCGCUCUCUCUCUCACACACACACACAAAAAAAAGAAAAGAAAGGAAAGGAAAAUAAUAAUAAAUAAAAAUGCAGCGCAAAGCCUGGAGCAUCGGCCUUGCAAAAAGGAAGGCAGGCACUCGAUUCGAUUCUCCUCCAUUUCACCUUGGCUUGUGUUUGGCUUUGGCUCUCCUCCUCUCUCCCAGUCAGUCUCCUGCCUCCUCUGCUUCCUCCUCUUCUCUUGCCUUCGCUUCAUCACUCCCCUUCCCUUUUUGGACCCUCCUCUCCCUCUUGCGGCUGUGGCAAUCCUAAAAUUAAGGCUCCCAUCUGCCCCUCUUCUCUGAUUGAUCCAUCGAUCUGGUCCCUCCUCUUCCUCUUCCUCUUCAUCUUCCUCCCCUCCCCCUUUCUUGCUUCUUGCUUGCUCAGGUAAAAAAAAAAGGUAGCAGGAGCUGCUGCAGCACAAGCACAACGCCCCCAGGCCUCUCCUUCUUCGCAAGAUUCUCCCUUUCUUGUCAUAUGCCCCCCAAAGGUUUUGUUUCCACUGUCGACGCUCCGGUCGACCAAAGCACCUGCUGUUCUUGCCAUUUCCGAUCUCUGCGCCUGCGCCGCCCGCCCUCCCCUCCCCACUGCGCCGUCGCUGCGCAUUGAUUUCUUUGCAGGUGCAGCCGUGCAGUGCAGGUGACUAGUAGGUGAGGUGAUCGCACGUGGGCGCCCCUGGAUGGGAGUUCAGACAAUGUCGUCCCACUCCCACGGCGACGACGCCCGCCGCGGCCUCCCGCUCCCCCUCCCGCGGCAGGGCUCCGUCUACGGCCUCACCCUCACCGAGGUGGAGACGCAGCUGGGCGAGCCGCUGCGGACCAUGAACCUCGACGACCUCCUGCGCACCGUGCUCCCUGCCGCCCCCGCCCCCAACGCGGCCAAGAAGACGGUGGACGAGGUGUGGCGCGACAUCCAGAGCGCCGGGGCCCGCGGCGGCGGAGCCCGCCAGCCCUCCAUGGGCGAGAUGACGCUCGAGGACUUCCUCUCCCGCGCCGGCGUCGCCGUCGACACCGCCCCGCAUUGGAUGCACCAGUACCCGCCGCAGCAGCAGUACGCGCUGCAGCUCGGCGCCGCCGCCCCCGGCCCCGGCCCGGCUCUCGACGCCGCGUACCGCGACCGCCCGGUGGGGGUUUUCCUCUCCAACUCGCACUCGCAGGUGGCCGGGCGGAAGCGCGGCGCCGCGGCGGCCGUGCCCGGGGACGGCGUCGUGGAGAGGACGGUGGAGCGGCGGCAGAAGCGCAUGAUCAAGAACCGCGAGUCCGCGGCCAGGUCCCGGGCCAGGAAGCAGGCGUACACCAACGAGCUGGAGAACAAGAUCGCCCGGCUGGAGGAGGAGAACGAGCGUCUCAGGAAGCUCAAGCUUGAUGAGACAAAAAAAAUGGAGCCCAAUGAAGAGCAUGUGCAUUCCUUAGAUAGCUCCAUCCAUCCACAGUUCCAUUCCAAGAGUUUGUCACCUAAUGUUGGAACCACUGGAGCCACCACCGGAGCAGCACGAGCGGCUGCCAUUGCCGCAACCGGAGAGGAAGCAGCAGCACCACCACCUCCGGCGAACGAAUUCCGCCAGUUUCUGAUGAGGAGACCAUGGGCCGGGCGGCCAUAUAUGUUCAUAGUGAAGCUCUCUAGGGCGUCUAAUUAACGGUCUGUACUUGGAUGCUUUGAAAUGUGAAUGAACAAACCAUGCUCUGCUCUGUCUGCAGUAGUUGCUCGCCCCUCUCGCCGUUGCUGGCUGCAGAUUGUGGUCUGUGGAUGCGUGGUGUUAAUUGUUGCAGUGAAAAAGCUAUUGCUUUGCAUUGGUGCUGCGCUCUGUUGCUCCGUUCCAUGCCUGUGCUAACCGUACACUUUUGCUAGGUUGGAACUGGAUGGAGAUCAUCAUCAUCUACUCAUCUGGGUUGCUUUGCAGUUUGUAUCUGUUCACUUGAACUUAUCUGCUGAAUCUGUCAGCCAUUCAGCAGUGUUUUUUUCUCUCACAA